CUCAUUUAAUUGAAAUUGGAGUGAUUGUCUGAGAUGUCUCAAAGAUGAGCGCCAUGGCUACAAACACCCCUCCUGCUCCACCUGUAAUGGCCCUGAAACCCCACAUUAGACCCUCACAAAAUGUGCUCUGAUGAGAAACCUCAGCUUGUGAGCUUAAACACAGACUCCAGGAGGUUUGUAAAAUCUUGGAGUUCUGCGUAACCCACUUGCUGCAUCGCCCAGACUCAAAGGAGCUGCACAAAAUGUGCCCUUCCCAUCUUCAGGUAUCACACAGGACCGACAGUAUUCAAAAGCAAAAGCUAUUUGAAGACGCCUCUGCACCAAGACAUUUUAGUGUCCCACAGCCUCUGUGCAGGACAUCUUCAUCUUUUGUUGGCCUGGAACAUCUCAGACCACAGCUGGUGCGCGUCCCACCAAACUCUUUUUCCCAAGCUCAGUGCAGAAUCACCCCGUUGCCCCUGCGGCCCCCUUUCGUAGCCUCCUCUUACCUUUUCUUUAAACAAUCCCUCCCUCUCAUCUUUUCUUUAAACAACCUUUCCCUCUCUCCAACAGGCUGCCCCACACACUCGGUAAAUGAAGUUAGUCCAGCACCCCCCUCCCCAUCCUCUUCUGCUCCCUACCAGACACACUCACAGAAUUGUUUGUUAAUAGUCCAAUUAGAUAAUUGCCAUCUUUCACUCCUUUUGCUCUCCGUUUCCCAUAAAGGACUGAAUGGCUUUGGGAGGGGGGGAGUUCAGCAUGAAGAGGGCCUCUGGCCCUGCAAGGUGACAAGAAGGGUCUGAGUCUGUUCCCUGCUCGCAGCCAUUGGCUUGAAUUGAAUCAUUGUAGCCUAAUCAAUGGUCUUAUUGGAUUACAGACCACUGCUGUUCCCCCAGAUAUUGUUGCGUUGACAAUGAAAAUAGGCGAGACUGAGUGGGUGGGUGUGUAGUGGUGUGGAAGGAGUGGAGGAGGGGGGUCGCUUUGGGUGUUAGCGUUGGGAUCUCGGACAGGUUGAGUUUUUUUAGCUGUGCUUUAACAGGUUUCUUGUAGGGUAAGGUGGAUAAGUGAUGGUAGCAUUGGAUUGGGGUUUGGAUUAGAGGUGCUGGGUAACUCAAAGUGGUUGUGCGCACUGUCCCCCAUUUGACAGAGUUCCCUUGUGUUCAUAUCUUUCUUUUGUCAAUCCGUGUUCAUUACCACUACAGAUUCCGAGCGAAGUGGAUUCCAUUUUUUUUCGUAUUCCAGGUCUCUCCGCCUCCCUCAUUCUUUUUCUCUGUCUCUCUCUCUCUCUCUUUUGCUCUCCACCGAUCUUUUCCUCUCUCUCUUUUCGCUCUUUUGCUUGUAUUAGCUCCGAGGGUGCAGCUUGUGGUAUCGGGCCGUUAUCCGGGGGGAGAUUCGCAAGCCUGUACGUAAAGUUAGCCCGACCAAACAUCUACAGCCUAAGAGCAGGAGAACAGCCAGUGCUGGGGCAUCGAGGAAUGAAGUGGAACUUUUCUGACGGUCCAUAAUUGCGCGUGGUGGCGAUUCGAGGCAAAUCAUCUCCCUUGAACCUUUGCGAACGAGGGUGGAAAGGGGGGUCGGAGUGAGUGGACCCCUCAAUCAGGACAAUGUGUAUUUCCCAAACAGUUUAGAGUAUUCAUGAGGUUACGCAAAUGUGGAGGCAGCAAAAUUACCGUAAUCAAUUGAAGCGGCGAGCAUGCGUCUGUCCACAGCUCUGAUUACCCGGAGAUCAGGCUGAUGUGAAUGUUACAAGGAGAGGAGCUGUUAAAUUGCUGUUGAAUUUGGGUGAGAAGUCUAUGAUCAUUGGGCAAGUGAGUCUGCACAGAGAUAAUAGAGCAGAUCAGUGGACCGGGCAAGUGCUGGUGGCACAUUAGCUAUCUGACUUCGACUCCAAGCUGCUGUUUUACAGAAAGACCAAACCUAUAUUACCCAGAAUAAGCAGUGUGUGUUAAUACCCGAAUAGUUAUUUCUUUCCAACAAGGAGAAAAAGAAGGCAAAAUCUUCGUAGAGGAUAGGAGACUAUGGAAGUCCACUACAGCCAAGACUCAGAGCCUGGAAUGUUGCUGAAGAAUGGACUAAAGGAGGGGAAAGAGGGAAAGGAUUCCCAGGGGAACAUUUCAAAAUCGUUCCUGAAGGACCAGCAGGAGUCCUUCUCUCCAUCCGGACCGGUGGAAAACUGCGAAAAGAGCCGGACGAGCUCAGGAGAUCCUGAUUACUGCCGGAGGAUUCUAGUUCGAGAUGCCAAAGGUUCAAUUCGAGAGAUUAUUCUCCCUAAGGGUCUGGAUCUAGACCGACCAAAGCGUACUAGGACCUCGUUCACAGCAGAACAGCUGUACAGACUGGAGAUGGAGUUUCAGCGGUGCCAAUAUGUUGUGGGACGAGAACGAACCGAACUUGCUCGACAACUUAACCUGUCUGAAACUCAGGUAAAGGUGUGGUUCCAGAAUCGUCGCACUAAGCAGAAGAAGGAUCAGGGGAAGGAUUCCGAGCUGCGCUCCGUGGUCUCUGAGACAGCCGCCACCUGCAGUGUCCUGCGUCUCCUGGAGCAGGGCCGGCUCCUCACUCCCCCAGGCCUGCCAGGGUUGCUGCCCCACUGCGGGAGCUCGUCACUAGGCUCAGCCCUGCGUGGGCCGUCUCUGGGCAUCACCGCUAAUGGAGGCUCUUCCAGCAGCAGUAGCAGCAGCGCUGCUAGCUCAGGCACAGCCGGGGGGAGCCCGCCGCUGCCGACGGUGACCAGUUCGGGGACAGUCACAGGGCUGCAGGGAUCUCCGCCUGCCCAUGGGCUGUUUAGCUUCCCUAUGCCCUCUCUGCUUGGGUCGGUCGCCUCACGCAUCUCCUCCACCCCACUCGGCAUGGCCGGAUCCCUUGCGGGGAACUUGCAGGAACUUUCCGCCCGCUACUUGAGCUCGUCCGCCUUUGAGCCAUACUCGCGGACCAAUGGCAAAGAAGCGUUAGACAAGAAAGCUUUGGAAUGAUCGCUAGGGGUUUCUGUUUGUCAGUUUAUUGUUAUUGUUGUUAUUUUGAAAUUAGUUUGAGCUCUGGUUAUCUCCCUUUUUUUAAUCGCUUUUGCCCCUUUUGGCUCAUCAGUGCUGUUGUGUAUCCAAUCUUGCAUUUUUCAUGUCGUCAACCUACACACGUGAUGCCUCUCAGAAUUGUAAAAAGGGGGACUUAUACUUUUCAAAAAUGAGGAUUUUCAGAGCAUUUUGCACUAAAUCAAAUUUUCUCCAAAUUGAGCUUGAGGAAGGAAUGUAGCAAGAGAUUAUAGAGGGGAAGAGAGAUGAAAAUGGUUUGCUGAGGCAAUAUUUUCGGGGCACUUUUUUUUCCCUUAUACCUUUUUUGGAGCUGGACAGCUAUAUUCAGAUUAAAAACUAAUCUGACAGCUGCUGGGUAAAAACAAAACAGUACAGAACAUGGACCCCCGAUAAAAACUGAACUCAUGGUAACAUCCUUCACGUUUUCAGUUCGAAGAGCGAUCUAAAUGUUUGAUUUUUGCCUAGUGGCAUUUGCCAAGUCUCAAAUAAUGAAAUAUACUAUAUUAUACUGGGGUUCAUUUCCAAAGGUUAGCAUACAAUAUAGUCACACCGUGGCUUUAUAUACACAAUUUGCUUAAAGAGGUCAUGAAUUUGCCAUAUGAAGCUAUAAGAUCAGAUGUCUAUACCAUUUUGUAUUCGUUUGGUUAAACAUGUUCUGACUAAAUGGAAGGAAAACGCUGUCACACCGUUAAAUAGUCCAGUGGUCCUGUGUUCAUUGUUCUCUAAAUGGUUUCUGUGAGGGUUCUCCCCAAAACAAGUUUUGAAGGCAGUCUCAGUUUGUGAGUUUGUAUGUCUUAUAUAUGCAGUUUUUCUCCUCCGUGUGUGAGUGUGUGCGCGCAUGUGUGUGUGCUGGUACUGAAGUUGUAGUCCUGGUUUCCAUGUUUAGGUGCAUGUUUAACUGAAAACCUUUCGAGAAAACUUUGGAGAUGUCAUUGCCUGGGAUUAAGCUCCGGAGCAUCUAUAUGACCCUUGCAUUAUUGGACUAAAUGUAUUUGCUGUGAGCGGCAACCCCUCUACCAACGGUGCAAAUUUUCCAGAAGAAUCUGAAGCCCUUUCUAUGAUCAGAGUUGAGACGAGGCAGAUCUCUGAGGGAUGAACAGGGUAUGAUUACUGUAGUAUAUAAGCAAGAAGAUUGAAUAACUAAAAUUGUUAUAUUAUUGUAAAUUAUUCAUGUCUGUAAUAAAUAGAUCAUUAGUAUAUCUGCAAAUAAUGAAAGAAUGAAUGUAUGGGGGGCGGGGUUUUCCGAUUGAACUGCCAAUCAAAGGUCUGGUGGUGUUUUUGUUAAAUAUCUUGAAGUUUGUGAAACUGUGGUAUGAGUGUGGAUAUAUAUUAUAUAUAACUAAAAAAAAAAAUCUAAACAAAACAAAUCUCUUCAGUCUUUCAUUCCAUGUAUAAAUCCUAAAUUCCGUGAUGGUUUCUUCAUGUGUCGUUCUCAGUAUCAGUGUAAAUCAUCCAAGGUCACUUAACACUGCCAGCUCUGACCUCGUCUGCUGUGGUGAUGUUUGAGAGAUACGCAGCCUUACUUGAAUGAAUGGUACUGAACAUCUUGAAAUGACAAAUAUUCCUACUCUUCAUGUAUUCAACUUAUAUGUAGUAUCAAAGUUUCAUAUAGACAGUUGGUUAAACUGUUUGGUUUAUGUAGUAUGUAUUAUUCC